AUGGCUCUCGGAGACUUCCCCAAGCUACCUGCGUCCCAGGCGGACCUGGUAAAAUACAUUGCUCAGAACCCAGACAAGCCUAUGGUGGAAAUCAUGGAGCCGUAUCGCAAGUUCGAAGCUCACUUGCGCUCUGUUUUCGCACAAGAUCGACAAAACCCUAUCCUCGAUGAUCCUUACCUCAAUGUUGUGCCUCUCUUUACUGAUGAUACCAAGGACAUCACUGUCCGUGCCCGAGACCUAGCCUCUGAGUCGGAGGAGGAAAAGUCCAAGUACAUCAUGGCUUUGCCGGAUGACAAGCGUCGUCCCCACGGAUCACCAGCAACUGUUGCCGACCUGACCGAGUUUCAAAAGAACUUUAACAUAUUCUCAGAGUCUUCUCUCGCUGAACUCGACUGGAACAACGUUGUGGCAGCUGGCUCCUCUGUCGUCAACACGCUGCUACCGGUUCCCAAAGAGUUUAAUACGAACAAGAGGAAGCUUCGCGAGUAUUAUCAUGAGAAGUUUUGCCCUGCAUCCGACGUUGACCUCUUCUUAUACGGUCUCACCCACGAAGAAGCCAUCGAAAAGAUUAAGCAGAUUGAGCAGUCUAUUCGUGAUUCCAUCUUAAGCGAAGUCACUGUUGUUCGCACGAAAUACGCCAUCACCAUUGCCAGCCAAUAUCCUGUUCGGCAUGUGCAGGUCGUUCUCCGUGUCUACAAGUCAAUCAGUGAAAUCUUGACCGGUUUCGAUAUUGAUGCCGCUGGCGCUGCGUACAAUGGCAAGCAGGUUUACGUGGCUCCCAGAACUCUCGGCAGCAUUAUUACUCAGAUCAAUCACGUGGAUCUCACCAGACGCAGUCCUUCUUAUGAGAACCGUUUGUCCAAGUAUUCUCACCGGAAUUUCGAAGUCUACUGGCCGGAGCUCGACAGAUCACGCGUGGACCCGACAAUCUUUGAGAGAAGCUUCCAGCGAACAUUGGGACUUGCCCGUCUGCUCGUCUUGGAACGACUUCCAACCACGCAUGCUCGCGAUGCGUAUCUCAACAAGAGGCGUCAAGAGCGUGGCAGGCCCGCGCUACAACGCAGUCACUUCCACCUCCAAGGAAACCUCAAGUCCUACCACGAAGACGAGGUUGCCGAUUGGCUCUCGGAGGAAGACAUUAGCAACUACCACACUUUUACUGUUCCCUAUGGCGAGAAAUUCAACGCAAAGCGAAUUGAGAAGCUGUGCUACACUAGAGAUCUACUUCUCAACGCUGAAUGGAAUCAGCCAAAGGAGCGUGAAGUGUAUUUGCAUCGCCACCCUGCAUUCUUUGGACGGGUGGAGGAUGUGAUUGAAGAUUGCUGUGGUAGCUGCCCUAAACCGGUGACUCCAGAAGAAAUCGAAGCCGCCGAGAAGGAGGCAGAGAUUUACAUCUCUGGCAAGGUCACGUUCCUCAUUGACGAUCCCGGCAGGCAGCAGAUCGGAUCGUUCAAUCCUUUGACGGAGCAAGACUGGACUGACAUGGCUUACAUCGGCAACACUGCUAGACUAUUCCAAUCAAUUGCUGAAAACGAUGCUGAAGACGUCUUGAAUUGGCUCUCUCAAGAAGGCGCGGAUCCGAAUCAGAGGGACUAUACCGGACGGGCCCCGCUUCAUCUCGCGGCCAUGGUUUCUUCUCCAGAAGUUGUCCGCCAUCUAGUUGAUCACGGCGCUCGCCUAACAGCUCGUCUUGCGGACGGCAAAACGGCUCUGCAUCUUGCCGCCGCCAGAGGUCAUGCUGAGAUCAUCAAAAUUUUGAUGGACAAGAGUGACGAGAACGAAGAAGCUGAAGAAGACAGGAAAGACAGGAAGCGCAAAGCCACCAGAGCCCAAGGGUCUGAGAACAAGGAAGACGCUCAGAAGUCAUCUGAGGACGCCGAGAAUGCAGAGGAAGACUCGGAUGUUGAGCUUGUGGAUAACGCCGAAACAGAGACAGAGGUGCACUCUAUCGUCACUGGAUCUUUUGUCAAGGUGGAAAAGAACAAGGAGGACAAGGAGGAGUCCGCGCUCGAAGAACCCGAGGACGGACCAGACUUCUACCAGAUCAACGUCCUUGCGUGGGAUAUCCCAUGCUCUCCCCUCCAUCUCGCUAUUGCUGGAGGACAUGAAGAUGCUGUAAAGGCUCUUUGCGAUUACGGUGCCGACUCUAUCCUUCCAGUCAAAUUCCUGUCUACCAACAUGCACUCGAAUUUGGCUGGCGCUAUUCUAACCAUGACACUUGCAUUGUCGCUGCCGUCAGAGAAGGCCAGGUCUAUGGCGCAGUUGCUUCUCAAGCUGGGUGCCACAUGUUCCCAGGCAGAUGCUGAUGGAUGUACCGUCUUCCAUCGCUAUGUCGACAGCGGCAAUGUAGACAUGGUUGAAACUCUCAUCGACAACGACCCAAGGGGUGUUCAGGCGGCCAUCAACCAUUUGUUCUUUUCUGGCUACAUGUGGAGACCUGACAUUAUAUCACCACUUCAGUCUGCUCUCGAAAAAGGCGAUCCUAUUCUCGUCCUCAAGGUUCUGAACGCAGGAGCCUCGGUCGAGAUCGACUUUGAUGCCUGGCUAAAGUCAGCAAAGGUGGCUCCCUCUCAGACCAGCAAUCUCGGAAACCUGGAACAAACAAAGAAGAGAUACGAGGAAUCUAUAGAGCAGCCUUUGAUCGCUGCGAUUCGGUCAGGCAACACCGACUUGGUGAUCCAGCUCUUGGAAAGGGGAGCAAAUCCCAAUUCGGUCACUCGUGAGACCCAGUACGCGUUAGCGAAUGAUUCUCAGCGCAACUGGACUAAGGGAACCACCGCAUUGGACAUGGUCAAGCAUCUUAUAACGAAAUUGCGCGAAUACACUGGAGAAAAGACUGCGUUGAGAGAGCCUGAGAAACAGCCAGGUAUCGACUCUUACUUGGAAAAAUUUGAGCCUGGUACCUAUCAACAUUGGCUAGUUGCUUUCAAGGUCAAAUCGGCUCAAGAUAGGUACCAAACCGAAAAAGACAAUUACGAGAAAGAGGUGCGGAGAGUGGCUGAGCGCAGAGGAAAUGCUGAAAAAGCAAAGGCCAUCGAGGAGUCCAUUUCUGAUCUCGUUAAGCUUGAGAGCACCCUUAUUGCCAAAGGCGCGCUGGUAUUCAGUGAACUCUACCCAGACAUCAAGAUGGAGAACCGCCACAACUACAGCUACAUCCCUCCCGAACCCCCAAAGGUUACAGCGUUUGAGUAUAACUUCCUGUUCAAUGGAGACAACGACAUGACCGAGGGGAAGAAGGAUGGAUAUAUUCAAUUGAUGCAGGCAGCCUGGACUGGAGAUAUCGGGACAAUCAAAUCCCUAACGCUCCAAGCUUGGGGCCCUAACAAUGAGCAUGCACCGCUUAAUAUGGCUAUUUUUGAUGACAGCCGUAACUCUCCAUUCUCCAUUGCCUACCUUCGCGGCCACUAUCACACUGCUAAGGCCAUCCUGGAGAUUAUUAGGGCCCAGUGGUCGGCACCCGAAAAGGAAAAAGUCCGCUACAAGAUGCAGUCCCGAGAUGAAGACGAUGAGGAUGAAGAAGAGGAAGACGACGAAGGGGAUUCAGACAAUGAGCUUCGAAUUGUCUCAGAGACGAUUGACCAAGCCUUCACCAUUGAUGAUAUUGGCAAAGUCUCUAUGCAGGUCAAAUCUCACACCAGGCCCAUCGAUGUAAUCCGAGCCCAUGCACCAGGUAUCGCCAAGAAGAAAGACGGAUCGAUUCAAUUUGGCGCCACCCAAAGUCUCUUCGUACAUGCCAUCAACGAUGAGGACACGGCUGGUCUGAAAGUCCUUCUAGGACUGGUGAGUGAGUACGAGCAGACAGAGACGACUGGAGACGAAGACGAGUCUGUUAAGAGAUUCAACCUGGAAUCCAAUGACUUCCUUUCAGCAGUGCAAAGCGGGAACACGGAAGCUCUCAGCCUUCUUAUUAAGCGAACCGGCGCAGGAAUUCCCUUGGACCAUCUCGUCAAGAAGAGCGGAGCCGAGUUGAAGCAAAAGCCUCGCUUCUACCAAGGACUGACGGUUUAUGGAAAGAAGAGAAAGGAUUGGGCACAGGCCGGGCGAAACAUGGUCGUCAGGACCACCGGCCUUCAAACGCCGCCUCUUCUUCAUGCGGCACUCGGUGGUCGCAUUGACGCAGUCGAAUUCUUCUUGAGCGAUAAGCCCCAUCGUCUAUAUAGCGAGUUUGCCAAGUCCAAGGCCGCCGCUGAGGAUCCCCGGCUCAAGCAUCUCAUCCAAAGCCCAGUCGGCUUUGACCGGGUCAUAUCCAAGUGGCUUGGCGCAGACAAUGAUUUCGUGCUACAUACGGCCAUAUUGGCAGCACCUUCCAAGAACUCCAUCGAGCUGGUCAAAUAUUUAAUCGAGUCCUACCCGGAGUCGCUUGAAAAGAAGACAUCCAACGGCGAUACGCCUCUGUUCAUUGCCUGUCGUCUCGGCUACGUCCAUUUUGCCAAGCUAUUAAUCGGCGCAAACGCCGACCAAGCUACCCGCAACCAUAUGGGAGAGAACAUCUUGCAUGCGGCCGUAGCCGGCAAUCCAAAGGCAGCUAGCCUUCGUCGCCUUCUCGACAUUAUCGAUCCCGGUCUUCGAAGUCACUUGUUUACGGAGCGCAAAAGCCUGCAGGCGAAUGGUCUGACGCCGCUACAUGCUUGGAUCUCUCAAGCUUCCGGUGUGGUUAACGAUGAUUCCGCCGUGUACUCAAGGCGCAGGAGAUACUACUACCAUCACCAGCCGUCGUCGCCCUAUUCUAGAACGGAGGAUGUUGUGGACAUGCUGAAGCUCAUGUUGGAAUAUUCCAAGGGUGAGGAACUGGACAUGCUCAACGGCGCUGGUGACACCUGUCUCCACACUGCCAUCAUGCAGAGAAUGGUCUCCAUCGUCAAGAUCCUCAUCGACUUCAAGCCUCAGCUCCUGUACAGAGAGAACGCCGUCGGGCGCACGCCUGCCGAGGUGGCACAGGACAAGGUCACGGCCGACCAGUUUGCCCAAAAGACCAAACUGCAAAGUACGCGAACCGACAAGCUCGACACCUGGCCGACCCAGGCCGCCAGCACUUUUAUCAAGUGCUCGACCAUCGAGGGCCUGAGCGACGAACAGCUUCGAGAGAAGGUCGUCGAGCUCGGCCUCAGCGGCCAAUACCAGCCUGCUCAGGUCGCUGCCAUCAUCGGCCUAGUCGGACUCGCGCCGAGCCAGGAGACACUCCCCGAUACGGCUCGCAACACCGUCAUCUGGGACCUCUGCAAGACCUGCAUGGACAAGAACCCCGGCAAGCGCCGCCUCGUCAGCCUCAACGAGGCCAACGACGUCGCCAAGAGACUCGGGGAGAAGCACACCGCCUCGCGAUACUUCUCCAUCCAGGCUCGCGCAGACGACGAUGAUGAGGAGCCCAAGGACGAUGCGGAUGAGAAGGAUACGAGGGAUUUCGCAGCCCAGCAGCUGUCUUCGAAAUUGGGUAGGGCUUGGAGGUUCAACAGCUUUGUCGGCAAAGAUUUUGGUCUUGAAAGGUGCGACGAGUGCAAGUCGUACCAUGAUGGACUGUGCAAAUGA